AUGAUCUUGUUGGAUUUUAGAAUCCAGUGUGAUUUCCUAAUUGAUGCUCAGAAACCAGACAUUGUUGUAGCAGAUAAAAGGGAAAAGGAAACUAAGAUCUUAGAUAUUGCUAUACCUGGGGAUGCAUGUAGAGGCGACAAAGAGCUGAAAAGGGUGGAAAAAUACAAGUUACUAAAAGUUAAAAUUGUAAGAAUGUGGGCAAUGAGGAGAGUAACUGUUACCCCGGUAGUUAUAGGGGCACUCAGAGUACUAAGAACCAAGUUCAAGAAAUAUGCCAGAGAAACUGGAAUAGACAUGAGGGUAGAGCAUGCCCAAAAUACUGCUCUAUUAAGGACAGCUAGGAUUUUGAGAUUGGUAAUUGAGUGUUGA